AAUGUAAUAAGUUGUAUUUUGUUCUUCUCCUGGUUGGUGUUUUGCUUCCCCUAGCCUCUCUUAUAACUUCACAGAAUCAGAACUGCCAUAGCCGCUUAACCAAUUUUCCUACAAAAAGCAGUGAAAGUACUUCUCUUCUCUUCACCACCCUCACUCCCCAACUUCAUGUGAUCGUUUCAAUUCCAAAACGGUGCGUGUUACCUUCUCAAUCGAUCCUUCAAUUUCACUCUGCAAGGUGUUUCUGUAUGCCCUUCAAUUAUGGAACCGAGCGAGGUUCGUGAUGGGUUUUCAUAAAGUCACACGCUUUAUCUUUCGGUUUGGUUAUUGAAGCUCUUCAUAAAGACCCCUUUAAUCUGAAUCCGAUUAAAGAAAAAAAAAAAGGUGUUGGGUCAGAAUCACAAUGCCAGAGGUUAGGAUCAUUGCCAAGAAUUUCAUGGACAUGGUGGCUUCCAUGCAAGCCAUGAAGCUCGAUAAGCUCUAUGAAAAUGGAUUCAUAUGUGAAGCUAUUCUCAGGUCUCUUCCGCCGCUUGCGAAGAAAUACGUCAUACAGAUGCUGCAUAUUGAUGUGCCUGUGGCAGCUAAAUUGUUGGAGGAGUGGGUGCUUCCGGAUGGGGUUUCAAAGCACAGAGUGGCCAUUGAUAGGUUGGUUCAAUUGAGAGUUUUCCUUGAAGCCGUUGACAGGAAAAAUGAAAAGACUUACAAAGUUAAUCCAACAUUUCAGAGAAGUCUACAAAAACUUUUAGUCCAAGGUGGAACUUUGCCAAGGGAAUCAAUGCCUUCUAAUAUUACUGUGAGGCUCCCAACCUUAGAGAAUCUUGAGGCUUAUGCUCUAGAGCAAUGGGAGUGUUUCUUAUUGCAACUUAUAAGCCCAAGUCAGGUUGAAAAGCCCUUAAAUAUUAGCUCUUCAUUGAUGAAAGUUUUUCAGCGGCGUAUCCUAAGUCACAGAGACAAAGAAGCUCCAAAAUUAACUGAAAGUGGUUUCCAGUUUUUGCUGAUGGAUACAAAUGCACAGCUUUGGUACAUCAUUAGAGAAUAUAUCUCUAACUCUGAGGAGAGAGGUGUUGAUGCAGCUGAGUUGAUCUCAUUCAUGCUGGAACUUAGUUUUCAUGUCAUUGGGGAGGCAUAUAGUAUAAACACAUUGACUGAUUUUCAGAGGAACAUAAUUAAUGACCUAGCAGACCUUGGACUAGUCAAACUUCAGCAGGGCAGGAAAGGAAGUUGGUUUAUACCUACAAAAUUGGCAACCAAUCUUUCAAUGAGCUUGUCUGAUUCAUCAUCUAGAAAACAGGGUUUCGUGGUUGUGGAAACAAAUUUUAGAGUGUAUGCUUACUCGACUUCGAAAUUACAUUGUGAGAUAUUGCGGCUAUUCUCAAGGGUAGAGUAUCAACUUCCAAAUCUUAUUGUUGGGGCUAUUACAAAAGAAAGCUUGUAUAAUGCUUUUGAAAAUGGCAUUACAGCAGAUCAGAUAGUCAGCUUCCUUCAGCAAAAUGCUCAUCCUCGUGUUGCAGAGAGGGUACCCUCGGUGCCUGAAAAUGUCACAGAUCAGAUAAGGCUGUGGGAAGCAGAUCUAAACAGAGUUGAGAUGACAGAAGCACAUUAUUACGAUGAGUUUCCUUCCAGAGAUGUAUUUGAAGGUGCAUGUGACUGUGCUAGAGAAUGGAAUGGUUUGUUGUGGGAGGAUUCAAAGAAAAUGCAUAUGGUGGUUAAGACUGAGGCACAUCACCAUGUACGAGAAUUUUUACGCCGUCAAAAGUAGUAGCAAGCAAGGCAAGACCAUCUCAUGCAUCCUGCUCCUGCCCACAUCCAAUGGAAGCAGCCAUGGAGAAAGCAAUCUGGUCAUCAUAUUGGCACCCUCAUCUCACUUGUUGUUUCAUAUUUUUCACCCUUUUGGAAUUCAUAGGAAAUGGGAUAUCUUUGCCUUCAAGGUAAAUUUGUUUUGUUUUGACUUAAUCAUGGGGUCAAGGUAAGGGUUCCAUUUUUGUUUGUAUGAAAAAAAUAUUUGUUGAAAAAUGGGAAUCUUAAAUGAAUCCUUUUUUUUUAA